AUGGUCCCCCUCCUCACGACCCUCACCGCCGCGCUCCUCGCCACGGGCGCCGUCGCCCACCCGGGCGGCCACAUGAACCGCGACGUGCUGCGCCGACAAGCGCAUCUCGACCACCCGGAGCGCCGCAGCGUCGAGCACUGCAAGAAGGACCUGGUAGCGUCGGGGUGGGUGCGCGAGCAGCACAUGCGGCGCGAGGCCCGGCUGCACGAGCUGCGCGUCGCCGCGGGGUUCGCGAAGCCCCACGAGCUCGUCCGUCGCGACCCCGCGGAGGUCGAGGAGAAUUAUGGCGCUGAGGCUGCGUGCACGCUUGACCCGGAGGUUACGGAGGGUCCGUACUAUGUCGCCGGCGAACUGAUCCGUAAGGACCUCCUGACGGGCGAGAAGGGCGCCAUCACCCAUUUCGACCUGAACAUCAUUGACACGUCGACGUGCAAACCCAUCACCGACGCGUACGUCGAGAUCUGGGGAUCCAACGCCACCGGCGUCUACACGGGCGUGCAAGCUCGCGGCAAUGGCGACGGGUCCAACUCUGCCGUCUUCACCAACGCCCUGCGCGGCGUGCAGCCCACCGCAGCGAACGGCACCGCGUCUUUCAUCACCAUCAUCCCAGGGCACUACGUCGGCCGCGCCAAUCACAUCCACACGAUCAUCCACCACGGCGCCAAGCUCCUCCCCAACAACACCAUCUCGGGCGGCACCGUCUCACACAUGGGCCAAUUCUACAUCGAGCAGAACUUCCUCGGGCAGGUCGAAAAGACAUCCCCCUACAACACCAACAAGCAGAAGCAGACCCUCAACAACCAAGACAUCCUCCUCAACAUGGGCAAGCAGGGCGGCGACGACCCCUUCAUGAAGGUGUCCCUCAUCGGCUCCAAGAUCGAGGACGGUCUGUAUGCGUACGUCGAUGUGGGCGUUAACCCCAAGGCCACGAGGAAGCCGGACCCGGUCAACUUUUGGACGGAUAAGGGCGGGAUUCCAGUGCCCGGGAGUGGGUGGGCGGGAUACCCGGAUACGUGCAGGAAUUGUGGGUUUGGGGGUGGGAGGCCGCCGACUGUGAAGGGCAGGGAGGCGGAGGCGGAGGCGGAGAUUGAGGUCCAGGAUCUUGAUGCUGAGUAGAUUUGUGAGUGAGUGAGUGUGAUGGUAGAGGUGCUGGUGAGGGUGCGUGAGUGGUUGAUGGACAUAUACACGUUUGUUUGUGUGGUGCUUUUUUGUAUAUAUCUAUGAGUUGGUUCAGCAUGAAAGAGAAUCUUCUGGCCAUUCGAG